AUGAUUGUGUGUAUUAUAUUCUGGCACAACAGCCGGACAGUAUCAGAGAAUGUAAAUACCCCAGACAAUGCUAUCAGGAUAAAACAAGCAAAUGGAAAGAAGAGCGGUACAUCACGGCAAACAUCCAAUGGGUCAUUGGUAAAUGGGGCAAUGAUGAAUUCACGCAAUCGAGGAACUGAAAGUAAUAGAGAACAUUUGUACAACUUUAGUAAUCCUGUGAAACACAUAGCUUUUCUAAAGGUUCACAAAGUUGCUAGUGGCACAAUGCAGAAUCUUUUCCUUCGUUUCGGUAUUGAGCAUGACUUAGUGUUCGUUUUACCGAAAUCUGGUAUCUCAUUACCCAUGCAGCCAGGGAAAUCCAUUUCGUCGGUGGCUAUUCCACCACCAGCACACAGGACGUAUGACGUACUAUGUAGUCAUGUACGCUACAAUCGGAGUGAUUUCCAAAAGACUCUGCCUUCGGAUUCUGUUUACAUCGCUACAGUCAGGGAUCCUUUCAGACAGUUCAUAUCGUCCAUUCAUUAUUACCAUAGGAAAUUCAUGUUGAAGAUCUCAAAGCAAAAACCAAUUCUUAAAUUUCUUCAAGAGCCAAAUAAGUACACCCGCAUUAUACCAGAGAACGGCCGAGUGUCUAAUUUUUUUAAUUCAAUGGCUUGGGAUUUUGGCUUCCCAUUAGAUCUCUUUGUUCUCCCAGAUAAAGCACAGAUUCAAGAAUAUAUCAGCCAACUUGAUAAAGAUUUCGACCUCGUCAUCAUAGUCGAAUAUUUUGAUGAAAGUUUGGUUUUAAUGAGAAGACUACUGAACUGGGACAUGAGGAAUAUAUUGUACAUAUCAAGUCAUGUACAAAAGAGACACGAACCUGCAUUUGCUGUGGGUGAAGAAGAGGAAAAUCUUUACCGGAAAUGGUGUCUUCUAGAUUAUGCGUUGUUUGAUUUUUUCAAAAGUAAAUUUUUGAGGCAUUGGGAAAGCAUUUUAACUAACAGUGAUGUUUUAGAAGAAUUAAGAUAUUUCCGUGAUAUGAAGUCGAAAGUUGACAAGUAUUGUCGAGAACACAAGGCAGAAUCGUCAUUUUAUAUCAAACCGUGCAAGUGGCAUGCAGGUUUCCUGGUUGACAAACAGUAUUGCAAUGACCGUCUAUUCACCGAAAUUCAGCAGGUCCGUAAACUCCAGAGAAAACAAACAUUGGCCAUUCGGCGCGGCACUUAA